UCAUACGAACAGGGCGUGGUCUAGAUGCGUUAGAACUAGAGGUGCGUUCUCGUGUCAUGAAACUACACAUACAAAAACAGAUUUUAAAUUAGUAAAAUAUAUAAAUACACAAAUGUCUUAAAGAUUAAAGGCGGUAAAAAUAAGUCGUUUAUUUUAAAAACAAUCCAGGUGCUCCCGGUUUUCCGUUAGAGCGGAAGGAUAUUUAGACGCGCGAUCUUUUAUUUUAUGUCCUGGACUCAAGAAUGGAGCUCACUGAAGCUAAAGAUGUGGAUUUCUCAACACUUUCUCCUUCACAGUUCGGCAUAUCAACGAACAGCUUCCUACCCUCCUCCAGGAUUAAAGAUAAAUCCCGAGUUGCUCAGCUGAAGGCCAGGAGGAGAUCCACGAUUGGGGUCCGGGGAUCUCCAGAAACAAACUCUCUCAUCUGCUUCAGAGCCAAACAAGGAGCACAAACUCCUCCUCGGACACCGCAGCUUUUUGAAGGGAGUCCGUUUCUGUCCCGCGGUGACUCUCUGAAGAAGAAGAUGGCUGCUUUCCAGAGUCUGAUGGAGGAGGACGAAGAGAGGGAUGAACAGAAGAAAAAAGAGGAGAAUGAGAGUGAUAAAAGUACUUUGGCUCAAGAUUGUAAGAACGGAAAGGAGAACAUGUUGACAGCACACAGCCCAAACGCUUCGAUGACGCCUCCUCCCUGGAAGAAGCGUCGCCGGGCCCCACUGAGAGACUGUGAGGACAAGAUUACGGAGACACCACUCCCCUGCCACACCUUCACGUCACAACCAGAGCCAGCGUUGAAAGGCUUCACGUCUCAAAGCCAAAGGCCUCUUUCAGACUUGGAUUCGGAUGCAAAGAAUGAGCUUCUGUCUUCACCCAUGCUGUCAAAACCAGAGGAUGAGAGCGUGUUAUCUUCUGUCCUCCAGAAGAAGCGUGUUCGUUUCGGGGCGCCGCUCUCUCCGGAGUUCUUUGACCGAUCUCUCCCUCCCAGUACCCCUCUACAGAGAGGAGGCACCCCGAAACACCCUCCAUCAUCCACGGGCCCUAAACGCUCUCUGCUGAAGACCCCUCAGCGCUCCGAUCCUGACUUCAGGAGUCCUCCGAGCAGAGGAGCUUCUCCUGUGCUGCUUCCACACAGACCCAGUGAUGGACUGGAGCCGAGAGAUGAAGUGUUCGAAGAGAUCCAGAAGAUCAGUUUUCCCAGUAUGGAGGACGAGUCUCCUUCUGAGGACUAUGCAGUCUCUGCUGAGGACCGAGAGCAGCCCCAGGCUGAAGACGCUGAAGUUAUGAACGCUGCUUUUCAAGAGGAAGAGGAUGAAGCGCUGAAGUCACAGCCGUCAUGUCCCUCUGGUGAUCAGCCGCUGGUUCUCUCCGCAGAGGAUGAGCAGAAGUCUUCAGCGAGCUCUGAACAGACUCUUUCAUUCAACUCCAGCAUUAAAGAAACUCGCUCUCGCUGCAGAAAAAGAAAGCAAGCAGGAGAGAAGGAGCCUGAGACGAGGAGAAGCUCUCGUACAGCAGCAGCGUCUGCUUCAGGGAGGAUGAUGAAGAAGACGUCUGGAAGAAAAAGAGGAUUUGGUAAUAAGGAGGUGGAUCGUUCUCUUUAUGGGAAAAGAGACUUUGCCUCAAAAAACCCUCUUCUCAGCCCUAUAUUUGAGAAGACGUCUGACAGUCUCAACAGCACGCCAACACAGCCUCGAUCAGGAAAACACAUGGAUGGAGAGCAAGACUGCGUUCGGACUCCCAGCGUUCCCCAAAAUGAGACGGUUCAUCAUCCCACUGUGAGUCUGGAUACCGCUUGUACGCGGACCAAUGAGAUCCAGCAGACCUUGAGCUCCGCAGAGAGAGGAAACCUGGCGUCAAAGGCUUCCAAAGCCAGACGUGAUUCAGGGAGACCCGUGCGCAAGCGUCGUAGCUCCUGUGCAGACACAAGAAAGGAGCUUGACCGUCCAGCUAUUAGCAGUGAAACUGAGAGCCAGGAGCAGCCUGGAUGUACCUCAGUGUGCCGAGACAGUCCAGAGCAUCAGGAAACCACACGCCCUGGGAUGAGCUGCAAGAUAGACUCCAUAAACACUGAGAGCUUGAACGAGCAGCUAACUGAUGAAAGAGAGAGCAGCUCUGGACACACUGAGCCGGGUUUGGCCCCCUGGCAGCGAGCGGACUUCAGCAUCGAUGACAUCCUGAGGCCGGUGUCGAGGAGUCGAGGCUCUGUGCGACGCAGCCUGAGGAACCGGAGGAGCGUGGACCUUCAGGCUGUGGGCCUGGCCUGGGUGGACCACACGUCUCCAGAGCUCAGUAAAGCGAGCCGGAGGAAGACACGAGGAAGACUCAGUGGGGUUUCAGAGCCACUUCUCUCUCAGGAACCAGCUCCAAACUCUCCACAAUCUUCUGUGUCUCAGUUAACCCUUUAAUCACCGCCAAAUCAACUUCUGAUCAAAUACUGUGGUGUUCUCUUAUGCAAUGUUUUACAUUUCUUAAAUUGUUUUUUUAUAGCAUUUUAGUGUUGAUGGAUGGAUGAAAGAAGAUUGUAUUAUUGUUAGAAGACUUCUACUCAUUAAAUCUUCUCUUGGGUGAAUGCA